AUGAGGGGAUGGGGGGCACAAGCAGGAAGGGGGUCAGACCUAAUGGGACCUGCAGAAAAAUUGCUUGGCAGCCCCCGUGUCAGUGAGAGGGCAUCCCUGCCCAGCUGUGGUCAUGGCAGGCCAGCUGUGCUCACUCUGGAAGAAAUCAAUAUCUGGUCUUUCAGGUGAGGGGGAAAGACCUCUUCUGACCACUCCUGGCUGAAGUUUCAAACUCAGGAACGGGGAGGAGAAACGACCCUGACACUCCAGUCUUGUACUUUCCCCGAUGGAGCAGUUUCCGACAGCGGAGCGGCGCCUUUCCGCCGGGCUCGCCCGUACUCAGGACAGCCAUGCCGGGACAGCGCCUGGCAGCGCCGCGCUCCCCGCCGGACUCUCCUCUGCAGUCCCAGAUGGCUCCUCGCCACCGCUUUAGCGCCGUCACAUUCCCGCGGCCCCCCGCGGAGCCCGGCGUGCCCGAGGAAAGCCCCCGCAGAGCCCCCGCUCCAGGGGCCGGACCGACCCCGAGGGGGCCGGGGCUGCCGCUCCGAGCCCGGCGCUGCCCGGGGUGGUGCCGCGCUGCAGGACAGCGCACACCGGGACAGUCGCGGCCCAUUCACCCGGCCGCCGGCGGGGGGAAGGCGAGGGAAGGCGGCGGGAGCCUCUGGCACCGCGCCGGGGCUGCGAGCGGCGCUGGCAGCCCGGCGAGACACGGCGCCCCUUCCCCGCCGAGCCGUCAGCGAGGAGAAGUGCCCGGUGCCCUCCGGGACCAGCUGCUUCCCGGCGGGAAAAGCCGAGGAGCUGCGGUGCUUACCCGCGUGUCGCAGUCACGCCCUGCUCUCUCCUCUCCAGCUUCAGGGCGCUCUGACCGGGGCUGGAGACCUGCAGCCCUGCCGGCAGCCCCUCCCUGGCGAGUAGCAUCCUCACCCUUCAACGUUGCUACGUCCUCUGUCCUCCCCGUCAGCGUCGCUCCGCCCUGGGAAGGCAGCGGAGCUCGUGUGGCGGGGAGGCGGUGA